GCGAAGGUUUACAUUUUUCAUCUCCUCUGCACUGCACUACAGUCACUAUACCACUGUACUGUUGAAUUUGAAUGACGAACAAAUCGUAUUUAUUCUUUCAUGGCUGCCUCUGCUUUCCUGCUAAUCCUGUUCGCUUUUCUACCUGGGUUGCCCACCAAGUGUUUGUAUAAAUGCCGCUUCGAGCUCAAAACAUUUGAACAGCUCAUUGAGCUAUGGAGCGAUUGUGGGUUGUCUUUUUUUACAUCUCUAUUGCCUUUUUACACACUGCCCUGGCUAUUCGAAGUGAUGCUGGUAGAAGCUCAACCAGUGAGUUCUUGAAGAAGGUGAAACUUCAAAUUCAAGAGGGGAUUAUUUCAAAACCCCAACUGAAAUUCUUGACUGUUAACUCUCCAUUUUCAUUGCCUCCUUUUGAUUCACUUGCACCAAUCCCAUUGCCUGUAAAGUCUCCUCCUUUCUGUGAAGAUGAACCUCCCCAAACUCCUCAGUCACCACCACCACCGCCGCCGCCGCCGUCACCACCUGGGAUGAUGUAUUCCCACGCCCCACCACCGCCACCACCUGGGAUGAUGUAUUCCCGCGCCCCACCACCGCCAGGUUUUCAGCCCAAUGUACCUUCCAGAAGCCGAAGCCCUCCACCAGGCCCACCUAGCAUCAUCCCAAUGACCCCUUCCGUCCCCUUAGGCCCAUAUCCUCCUAAGAACAUUUCCAGCCCCACCCCACCAACUGGUCCUCCAAGCCCACCUCACCACUAUGGUCCUACCCGACCUAAACAUGCUUCUGGGCCACCCAGUCAUGGGGGGCUUAGCCAACCAGUGGGGUUCUCUCCGCCACCUGAUUCACCUCCUGCAGCACAUGGGGGGAAGCCACGGUCGUCUGGUGCAGCAUGGUGUGUGGCUAAGCCGUCCGUGGCUGAUGCAAUAAUUCAAGAAGCCAUGGAUUAUGCUUGUGGGUCAGGAGCCGAUUGCAUGGCCAUUCAGCCUAAUGGACAUUGCUAUGAACCUGACACUAUUGUGGCACACGCCUCGUAUGCUUUCAAUAGCUACUGGCAGAAAACCAAGGUCACUGGCGGUACCUGCGAUUUUGGAGGAACUGCCAUGCUUGUAACAGUGGAUCCAAGUUUUGAAGGGUGUAAGUUCGUCCUCGGUUGAGAUUAGAGAUGGAGACACUCCUACUUCAUCAUUUUUGAUAUAUUGAAUCUAU